GCGGCGCGCGGCGACCCCCGCAGCCGCUCCGAACCUUCUCCCCGCCCAGGAAGCUCACCGGGAAGCCGGGGCAGAUCCCCCCAAAUCACACACACACACAUCCCCCCGCCACCUCCUUGCUACAACUACAAAUCCGCCCGCCCCAACCCGUCGGCAUCCCUCACUCCCCCAUGCACACCGGCAGCUCGAUCCUCCGAGCGCAUCCCCGACCUGCUACUAUAAAUACAAAGCUCCCGCGGCGGUGGCCCAUCCGGUCAUGGCGGCAGUCGGGGCGCGCCCAGUGCUGUACCACCACCCGGCGCCGGCGGGCGACGCCGCCGCCUCCAUGUCCUCCUACUUCUCCCACGGGGGAAGCUCCACCUCCAGCUCCGCGUCCAGCUUCUCCGCCGCGCUCGGCGCCGCCGCGCCCGCCGAGCCGUUCGACAUCUCCGAGUUCCUCUUCGACGACGGUGCGGGCGGCGGAGGAGGAGCGGCCGCGCCGGGCGUGUUCGCCACGGCGCCCGACGGCGGCGCGCCGCCCCCCGUCGUGCCCGCUGCUGGCAGUGCAAUUAGUGCGGCCGCCGUACCUGCCGCUAGGGGCGCGGCGGAGGCGGUGCCGGAGCGGCCGCGGACGGAGCGUAUCGCGUUCCGGACGAGGUCGGAGAUCGAGAUUCUGGACGACGGCUACAAGUGGAGGAAGUACGGCAAGAAGUCCGUAAAGAACAGCCCCAACCCAAGGAACUACUACCGGUGCUCGACGGAAGGGUGCAACGUGAAGAAGCGGGUGGAGCGGGACAAGGACGACCCCAGCUACGUGGUGACCACGUACGAGGGCACGCACAACCACGUGAGCCCCAGCACGGUGUACUACGCCAGCCAGGACGCCGCCUCCGGCCGCUUCUUCGUCGCCGGCACGCAGCCGCCCGGCUCCAUCAACUAGCCGCGCCGAUCGCUUCACCCGGCCCAAGUAAGCUAGCCAGAUAGCUAGUCGCUAUAGCAGUAGGAUAAUAGGUGAUCUGGGUCGGUUUCUCGAGGUGGAUCGUUUGGGAUCUAGCGCUCCUCUUUUUCCCCGUCCUUUUCGGCGGCGGCGGCUGGCUGUUGCGAUCGAAUAGUGUGCUGCCGCUGUUCAUGCUGCAGGCUCAUCAGGAGCUACUCUCCCACGAGCAUCAAUUGGGCAAUGGGCAAAAAUAGUCUGGGAAUGUAGCACACAUAUACAGUGCCGUGACCGUACAAUAAGAAUAUAAGAUGUACAGAUGUUUUGUCGUUGUUCAUCGACCUGAUGGCUAUAAUUUUGCUUUUACUUUUUUUGACCUA